AUGAGUUCUGAUCGUGCGGCGUGGAAAGUGCAAUCUUCCAAAGUGGCCAAGAGUGCCCACAAUCCUAUUCGAAAGAUUGUCGACAGCCUCAAGCUUGACCCCAAUGCACAAAAGGAAUUCAUUAGUUUGUCGGUUGGUGAUCCUACCAUUUUCGGCAACUUCAAUGUCGACCAAAGCUGCAAUGAAGCUGUUAUUAAGCAACUGAACAGCUUCAAGGCCAACGGAUAUCCUGCAGCGCACGGUACCGUUCAAGCACGUGAAGCGGUGGCAAAGGCUUUCACGCACCCCGAAGCCCCACUCACAGCGGACGAUGUGCUUCUUGUCAAUGGAUGCUCGGGUGCGUUGGAGCUGUGCUUGAACGUUCUCUGUGACGCGGGCAAGAACAUCUUGCUUCCUCGUCCUGGUUUCCCCUUGUACGGAAGUUUGGCGGCUACACGAUUUGUCGAAGCCAAGUACUACAAUCUCAAGCCUGAAAGCAAUUGGGAAGUGGAUUUGGAGCAUUUGGAAUCUUUGAUUGACGACCAAACAGCCGCUAUCCUUGUGAAUAACCCAUCCAAUCCUUGUGGUUCUGUUUAUUCCCGUGAGCAUUUGGAAAAGGUGUUGAAGGUGGCUGCCAAGCAUCAUGUUCCUAUUAUUGCUGAUGAAAUUUACUGCGAUCUCGUCUUCACAAAUAACACUUUCUAUCCCAUGGCAUCGCUGACCAAGGAAGUUCCCAUUCUUUCGGUGGGCGGUUUGGCCAAGAAAUGGCUCGUACCUGGCUGGCGUAUUGGCUGGAUCCUGGUGAACGAUCCCGUGGGUGCAUUUGCCGAAAUUCGCGAAGGAUUGCUCAACUUGUCGCAGGUCAUCCUGGGCCCCAAUUCUGUCGUGCAAGCUGCGCUUCCCGAUAUUCUGCACAACACGCCUAAAUCGUUCUACGAGAAAACCAUUGAGCAACUUGAGCAUAAUACCAGUUUCAGCAUGGACGCUGUUUCCAAGAUUGAUGGUCUCAAGCCUGUGCAGCCUCAAGGUGCUAUGUACAUGAUGGUUGGCAUUGAAACCGCCAAGUUCAAGGACAUUGCCUCGGACGUGGAAUUCAGCCAAAAACUGCUUGCUGAAGAAUCCGUCCUCUGUUUGCCGGGUCAGUGUUUCAAUUACCCCGAUUAUGUCCGCAUUGUCAUCACUCCUACGAUUGAUCGCCUAGAGGAGGCUUACAAGAGAAUGGACGAAUUCUGCGCUAGACACCGUAAAUAA